AUAUACACAUCACAAGCUAGCUGCUCUCUUUCCUUGCUUGUUUUUUUCUCAACUCGAUCCAUCUCUCUCUCUCUCUCGAUCUCUCCAUUAAUUUCUACGUAAGCAUUCGUAGCUAUGGAGGAGUGCAAGGGCGGUGGCAUGUCGCCGUCCUCCUCCAUGGAUAGCAGCACCCACCCGGCGCUGUCCACGACGUCGUCGGCGGCGACGGCGAGGCGGGACCUCAGCACCGAUCUCCGGCUAGGGCUUAGCCUCUCGACGUCGUCGUCGUCCUCCCUCCUGCAGGCCGCCGCCGCCGCCGCCGCUGCUGAUGAUAGCAUCCCUUCUACUCCAAGGAACAGCCAAGUGCACGCCGAUUGGCCGCCGAUCAAGCCGUUCCUCAGGAGCGCCUUGCAGAAGGCGUCGGCCGCUGGCGGCGGCGGCGCUCGCCGACGGCGAACGCUGUUCGUGAAGGUGUACAUGGAGGGCGUCCCGAUCGGCCGGAAGCUCGACCUGCUCUUGCUGGAUGGGUAUGACAGCCUCCUCAUCAAGCUCUGCCACAUGUUCAAGACGCCCAUCACCUAUGCUGAUGUUAUGGAGUGCCAUCAACAAGUUCCUGGCCAGAAGGCUGCCCAUGUCCUCACCUAUGAAGACCAGGACGGGGACUGGAUGAUGGUUGGGGACGUCCCAUGGGAACUCUUCCUGAGCAGCGUAAAGAAGCUCAGGAUUGCAAGGAUGGAUAAAUGCUAAAACAGUUGCAUUUGAAUUUCUCUUUGUUUCUUCUUUUUUUUUUCCCAUUGGAGGGAGGGCCCUUAUUAUAUGUAGGUUAGUUGAAAAAGAUUUUUGCUGAAGCUGAGAUUAUACUUACUAGCAGUGUACAUUAUAGUAAAGAAGUGUAGCAUUAUCAGCUACCUACCGUAUAGCAGAACUGAUUAUUAUUUUUCCUCUACUUCUUUAACUGGUUUGUAAAUAUCAUGUAUUCGUUAAAGAGAGUAGAGAAGUUGAUAACACAAAGGUUCCAUUUUACCUCAGUGGAAUCAAAUUUUGUGGCCUUUAA